UAAUUGAGACCGCACAACGUCCUCUAAGUAAUUGGGCCUCUUUAGUAAUUGUUGUCCUGGAAACCGAAUCAGAGAAAACCUUCAGUAAGGCUCGGCAGUGAUACAAGAGAGGAGACAUGCAACCUGUCUGAAUACAUGUGACUGCAUGGUUCUCCAGUUUCCUCUCACGUCCCAGAGAUAUAUGGCUUGGUUAGCAGAAGAAUGGCAGCCGAAUCCCUAGGAAACCACAGCUGCCAUCUUUUACAGCAGCUUCAUGAACAGCGAAUCCAGGGCUUCCUCUGUGACUGCAUGCUGGUGGUGAAGGGUGUCUGCUUUAAGGCCCAUAAGAAUGUGCUAGCAGCAUUUAGCCAAUACUUCAGAACCUUAUUUCAGAAUUCUUCAGGCCAGAGUCGUGACGUCUUCCAUUUGGACAUUAAAAAUGUUGGCGGCAUUGGCCAAAUUCUAGAUUUUAUGUACACCUCGCGCCUUGAUCUUAGCCAUGAAAAUGUCCAGGCAGUAUUAGACAUUGCUCAGUGUUUGCAGGUUCCAAAUGUGCUUAGCCUGUGUUAUACUUUCCUGAAGGCUUCAGCUAGUGUCAUCAGUAGUACCAGCAAUUUGUCAGGAGCUGGGGUCAUUUCACUACAUGGGUCCCUGACAACUGACACCGAGGAUAUGCUAGAGAACAAUGAUGCAACAGAGAUAAACCGUGACUGUUCAUUUGGAAUACAGAACCACAUUCAUAAAGCACAGGAAUUGGGUCUUUUAUUUAGACCUCUCCCAGAUAUUUCCCAGGCUGAAAUAUCAGCCACUUUACAGAACCAAACUCCUGGACCUCCAGAGAGGAAUUCCUCAGUUUAUCCCGUGAGGCAAAAUGCUCAACAGGCUACUAAAUUAUACAGCUGUUAUGGUAAAGAAAUGUUUAAUCAAAAGCUGCCACAUUUUUUCAAUAACAGCCAAGGGGAACCAGGAAGGGAAGAUCUUGAUGAUGGAUUAGGAGCAGCAGUAACUGCUGAGGAUGUGUCUUCCCUUGAUCAUUCUCAAUGCACUAAUGGCAGUCAGGAGUCCUCUUCAUCAGGCAUGACUGUACACACAGAAGAAAGAUGGCCCUUUAGUCAGAGCACAGGGAACAUCGAGCCUCAACCCAUUAGGCAGUUGCAUCUCUUGAAAAAGACAAUCCCUCUGAAGAAGUAUGAGUAUUUGAGGUCCCAGAAACAGCUUGAGUCAACCUCCGUACAACCUAAAUUGAAUGAAGCAAUUGAAAUGGAGAAAAUUAAUGAACAUGCUGCACAACAGCUGCCUAAAGAGAAUCAGCGUCAAGGCAGUGAUCCCGGGGAAAAAGACCAGGAGCAUGAAAAACAAGCUGUCUCGCCUUUGGCUGGGAAUGAUCUGCUGCAUGGUGGCCAGACAGCUGCUGGAGAUACUGUGGAGGUUCUUGACCAUUCAAAUAACUCAAAUGUUCAGUCGCAGAAACAAUAUUGUUGUGAACUAUGUGGCAAAACCUUUAAGCACCCAAGCAAUCUCGAGUUACACAGACGUUCUCAUACAGGAGAAAAGCCAUUUGAAUGCAACAUCUGUGGGAAGCACUUUUCACAGGCUGGAAAUCUGCAAACUCAUUUACGACGACAUUCUGGUGAAAAGCCAUACAUUUGUGAAAUCUGUGGUAAAAGAUUUGCUGCCUCAGGUGAUGUACAGCGCCACAUUGUUAUUCACACAGGCCAGAAGCCUCACUUAUGUGACAUUUGUGGUCGAGGUUUCAGUAACUUCAGUAAUUUAAAGGAGCACAAGAAGACACACAGUGCUGAUAAAUUGUUCACUUGUGAUCAGUGUGGGAAAUCAUUUAACAUGCAGAGGAAGCUUGUCAAGCACAGAAUCCGUCAUACAGGAGAGCGACCAUAUAACUGCUUAACAUGUGGAAAACGGUUUGCAGGAUCUGGUGACUUACGUCGUCAUGUCCGUACACACACUGGUGAAAGGCCAUACAGCUGUGAGACAUGUGGAAAGUGCUUCACCCGUUCUGCUGUUCUGCACCGACAUAAGCGAAUGCACUGCAGAUACAAUGGCGAUCAUGAUCUAAGAAAUGAGGAAAUUGAUAGCUCCGAGGAAAAUUACCAGCAAGCUGCAGAGCAAAGAUCUCCAAACUCUGAACCGCUCAGCCAAGUUAUGCAAGUUGCCUUGUUGCCUGUAUCUCCUUUAGAUAAGCUUCGAGGUGACCCAGAACAACCUUCUCUUGGAGUGCCUGAGCAGUCAGCACCCAUGCAUGAGAAUUCUCAUUCUGAAUAUAAUUCGCUGGUACAACAAGUGGAUGACCAACAAAACAAGAUGAUCUUGGGCUCUGCCAAAACCCACAAACCCCAAGCUCCACACCAACACAGUACAGACACUGUUGUCAGGCCUGAAGAGUCCUUAUCUUCCCAAAACUCCUCGACUGUGCGACCAUCAGUGACUAGUCUGGAUAUUCACAUCAAUGUGCCCUUUGGAAAUCACACACCUAGUGUUUCAUAUCGAGCGAAUGAGGGACCUUUCCUCUCUAGCCUGACAUUGUGGGGUCUAGCUAUGAAAACUUUACAAAAUGAUAAUGAUUUAGAUCACUGACAGUUAUUUGCUAGCUAAUUACGUGGCAAUUUAAAAGCACUUUGAGUUUAUUUUUGCUGUGAUUGAUGGAUCAAGGAGAAAUGUAUUUUUGUAGGUUUCAAUAAAUGUAAUCUUAGAUAUUUAAUGAAAUCUGAUUAAUAGGACCAUAUGGUAAUUGAUAGUGUAUAUUAUGUAAAGAGGAUAAUUUUGUCCUUUAAGAAAACAUGUCCCAAUAUAGCCAGUAAAUCCAUGAAUGAAAGUAUAUCAAUGCUUUGCAGCUAGGUAUUCAAAGCAGUUUUAAAAUUCAUCAAUGGUCUUCCCCUUUUAAGUCAAAAACAUUGGUUCUCUUCAAGUCUUUGACACUUAUCAUUGGGAUCACCUGUUGGUUCUGAAAUAAAUAAUGAACAGAAA